AGUUUGUGUAAUGUUGGCAAAAGGUAAUCAACCGGAUGGAAAAGACCUUCUUCCACAGACUCCUACUUACUCAUAACCCGGAUUUGAACAUAAUACUUCACACAUUUUCUUCGUAGUUCAAAUUUCCCCAUCUCUACGGUGUCCUCUCGCUCCACUAAGCACUGAUUUUCUCGCACAGUGCUACUCAACCCUCAGAAUAUUUUGUAUCAACUUAAUAAUUAUCCCCCAUAUUUCAAUCCCGAAAUGGCUUCUACUUCACGGAUACCUCAUCUUUUGGAAUCCUACAUCUCUCUGCCUCCAGAGUCCUCGCUCAAUCUUGUCACCAGCGUGCUUGGUGCAAGCGCGAACUGGCUGGUUCUGCGCCAUGUGUAUUCAUAUCUGAGAGGUAGUGCAGAUGGGGAUGAGAGCACCAAGGACACAGGCGUCAUACUGCUGAGCUUCAUGAGAGAUGGUGCCUUUUGGAGAGAGGGCUCUACAAAAUUGGGCCUUGAUUUAGAUGCCCUAAGCAGAGCAGGACGCUUCACAUUCAUCGACGGUUUCUCAGGACUCUAUGGUGAAGCCAAGAACGGGGUACCGGGCACACGAAAAGAGAGAACGCUUCGGAGUACAGAGCUUGCAGAUAUCAAAGGGGAAAUUGAAGGCGCUAUCGCGGAUUUGCGUGCGUCGCGUAAGAUCCUUAUUAUCGACCAACUUGAUGCGCUUCUCGCUAUCACCGAUGACUCAACCACAAGUCUCACGCUUCAAGACGCCGUUCUUAGCCUACGAAGUCUUGUUCACAGUACGCUACUCACUCUGUCAGCCGACGUGCCUCUUGUUGCUACCCAAGUUACCACGCUUGAACGAGAGCACGCCAGCCUCCUGCUCUCUUCAGCACAUCAUGCUGACAUGGUCUUGGCCCUACGGAUGCUUGAUACAGGGACAGCGAGGGAUGUCAGUGGAGUAGUACGUAUUACAGGACCUGGAGCAGAGACCUUGGGUGGUGCUACUGAAUAUUUAUAUCAUGUUGUUGCGGAUGGCGGUGUUAAGGUCUUUGAAAGAGGGACAUGAUGGAUGCUAAAUAGAAACCAAAAUCAAAGCCAAGAGCAAUCGUCGUGGCAUGCAAGAUGUUGGUCUCAGAACCGCCGCUUGACAGCCUUUCAAGUUGCAGGUCACACCUCAAUCAGUAUGGUGUCAUGCACGAGACGUGAGUUGCCACGACAGUCGACCAAAUUUUUUCCUCACGUAGGUCCGCUCAAUAGCCAUAGGUACGUUGAUGCAGAAUCAAGAUGCCAUUUCAGAACCUCGUAACCGAAACCCUAUGGAAUCUCAGAAGAGCAAAAGGGUCCUUUUUUUUUUACUUCCUUGCUCAAACAUGUAAAACACCAUGCCCAUGCUCCAAGCCGCUCCUUUACACUCCUUUCAUCCACGAACCGACAAACACGACCGCCCGUCCCAAUCACCACCCUAACUCCGGUUCCAACCAGAUUGUCCUUGGGUCUAGGCUCAUGUUAUGAGCCGCCAUUGCUGUUGUAUGUUCUCGAAGAGGCGGGUG